UCUAAUCUCCCAUUCUGUCACGCUAGUGAGCGUGUGUGUGUGUUUGUUUGUGUUUGUUUGUAUCACCGGAUGCAGACCUCCCCAGUGAUUUGAGUUUAUCGCCAAUGAUUUUUAUUACGGAUUAAUCAGUGCAUCUCAGACAUAUUCGGAGAAUAAUGAAACGGAGACAUGCUGCUGUUCUGAUUUCUCUCCAACAACCUGUCUGCGCGUGACGCAGGGGGAGGGAGUGGGGGUGCAGUCUACUUAAAGCGGGAUUAGCACGAGCCAAACAUUACACUCCCCUCCGUUCAGGCUAAGAGCGACCUAUCGUCCUGCUCGCGAGACAGAAAAUAGGAGGGCUUCAGAUUAAUCAGGACCUCAGAGGAGUGCGCCCUCCGGAGCGAGGCGUGGAAGACAAGGUGGACAGCAGCGACUAAUCAAUGCACUCGCCUGAUACUACACUCGCCCUCGGAGCGGAACAGUAGCUCGCGUUUGAUUUUACACGCUCCACUGUGUUAUAUCGUCUCCGAAUGAACAGCCAUGGGGGAAUGGACCAUUCUCGAGCGUCUCCUGGAGGCGGCUGUCCAACAGCACUCUACUAUGAUCGGGAGGAUCCUACUGACAGUGGUGGUGAUCUUCCGGAUUCUUAUCGUUGCAAUAGUAGGAGAGACCGUGUACGACGACGAGCAGUCCAUGUUUGUGUGUAACACUUUACAGCCAGGCUGUAACCAAGCUUGUUAUGACAAAGCGUUCCCAAUAUCUCACAUCAGAUACUGGGUGUUCCAGAUCAUCAUGGUUUGCACACCCAGCCUGUGCUUCAUCACAUACUCGGUGCAUCAGUCUGCCAAACAAAAGGAGCGGAGAUAUUCCAUGGUCUACCUGUCCCUUGACAAAGAUCAUGAUUCAAUGAAACGAGACGACAGCAAAAAGAUCAAAAACACCAUCGUGAACGGAGUACUUCAGAACACGGAAAACUCCACCAAAGAAUCCGAGCCCGACUGUUUGGAAGUGAAAGAGAUCCCCAGUUCAGCCAUGAGAACUACCAAAUCUAAAAUGAGAAGACAAGAGGGCAUCUCGAGGUUUUACAUCAUUCAGGUGGUUUUCAGGAACGCGCUGGAGAUCGGCUUCUUGGUGGGGCAGUAUUUCUUGUACGGAUUCAAUGUUCCUGCCGUGUACGAGUGCGAUCGCUACCCUUGCAUCAAAGACGUCGAAUGCUACGUUUCGAGACCCACUGAGAAAACCGUGUUCCUCGUCUUCAUGUUUGCAGUUAGUGGGAUCUGCGUGGUGCUCAACCUCGCAGAACUUAAUCACUUGGGCUGGAGGAAAAUUAAAACGGCGGUGAGGGGGGUUCAGGCCAGGAGGAAGUCCAUAUACGAGAUCAGAAACAAGGACUUACCGCGGAUGAGCAUGCCGAAUUUCGGCCGCACCCAGUCGAGUGACUCUGCCUAUGUCUAAUGCUCCUUCAUCAGUAGUUCAUCAGAGCAGAGGUGCUCAGUCCUGGUCCAGGAAGACCUCAGGAUGCACAUUUUGGAUGAAACACACAGUUGAAGUCUUGGAGCCUCUAUUCUAAAUGAAUAGCUCAUUCAAAAAUGAAAAUUCUGUCAUACUCGACCUCAUGUCGUUCCAAAUCUCUAUGACUUUCUUUCUUCUGUGGAACGAAAAAGAAGAUAUUUUGAAGAAUGUUUUGGUCCAUGCAAUGAAAG